UUAAGGACGCAUUCCUUCCUCGCCUAGAACAAAGUAUACUUAAUUAUCCCAAAGGGUCGAUUCGGCCAUCGGACACGUGUUCGGAGUCAAUCGAUGCCAAAAACUGGCGCAAAACGUGGCGUCAAUUUUUUUCGGAUUAGCAGCUGGUCAUCGUCGUCGAGACGAAAGAAAUCUCGCGUACGGUUAUUGGCAGUUAAAAAUAGGCGGGAAAUUUUGAGAUCGGGAGCGUAUAUUUUCGGUUCGGCGUUGGGUGUUCGAUAAUCGAACAGUUUGAAAACGAACGAUAUAUUUUGGUCCAGAGACGACACGUACCGAUUUUCCACAAAGAAAAUGGGCAACGUGCGCAGCGGAUAUUCGGAACAAGUAGACGACGACGUGUGGUGGACUAACGGGCAGCCUAAAAAUACCUGCGGCAAUUCUUUACGAGCAGAAAACGCGAACGACAAAGAACGACACGCCAGUCUGGAGCGGUUGAGCGAGCGGAACAAACAGAAACUCGAGGAGUUCAAGUUCGAGCUGCAACGAAAACACGAGAAACGACGGGAGAUCAUCGCUGCUAAGAAGCAAGAAAUGAACGAGCUACGGGCGGACGUGGAGAGGCUCAAAGAGGAAAAUGACCUCCUCACGCGGGACCGUCGCGAGUUGCGAAAGGAAAACGGCGACCUGAAGUUGCUGGUGAAGUCGCGCGAUAACGGAGAGAUGCUGCGCGAAAUCGAGAAGCUGCUGCGAGAGAACACCGAGCUGAAGGAACGCUUAAAAGACAAAACGGAAGAGUUGGACAGAGCCUCCGACGUGAUCGAGACGAACCGCGAGUUGCGCAUCAACAUUGCGGAGAUGCAGAAGGAACUGCAGAGCUUGAACGUGGUCGCCCUGGACUUCGAGAAGGAGAGGGAGGAAUACAAAAGCCACGUUGCCGCCCUGAAAGAUGUUAUCGGCGUCUCCAAAAAAAUGCUGCUGGUCAGGGAGUCGCAGUUGAGGGAGCUGCGUCAGAAGGUGGAGAGUAUCGAAGAGACUCUGUCGGGUCAGGAGCUGAACAUACUGUCGCAGGAUCUCAGGCAGGAGUACGAGCGCCAAUUGCAAAGCAUCAGAAACUUGAGGAUACUGUACGAGGAACGGCAGAGGUCCGACCAAACGGAAAAGGAGGGGCUUAGAAAUUUACUUGAGGAGACGAGAAAAGAAAUGAAGUCGGAGCAGGAGAAAGCCAAGGAAUCGGGGGAGCGGAUAUCGGAACUGGAGGCAUCAAAUUCGCGGCAGUACGACGAAAUCAAAUCGCUCGAGUCGAAUUUGGGCCUGGCGAAGGCCGAGUGCCGUCAGUACCAGGCCGAACUGACCGCCAUCAAUCAGCUGUUUUCGGAAAUCCUGCUCGGUUUCAAUAAUUCGCAAGGGAUCGAUUUGGAUAAGCUGACGAGACACCUCGAGGACCAUCACGAGCUCCUGCAAAAUAUCGUCGUCAACGAGAUCUCGUCCGCGUAUUCGGCGGUACUGCCCAAAGUACUGCUCGACUUGGUGCACCAGGUGAAUGUUGGCGAUAAAGACGACGAGGAGAACAAACUCGAAACGAUUGUUGAAGAGUCAGAAUCACAGACAACCACCGCCCAAAUUAAUAGUGCCGAAGAAAUCGUAGUGCUGCUCCCGAAAGUAUGGCGAGUGCUGAUAGAGCUGCUCAGUCACCAGAAAGUGCCCACCAAUGUUUUGGCGGACGAAGAAAUGCCGGAUCAAAAUCCAUGUUACAAAACGGUCCAGACGCCGAAAGGGCCCAGCAUGGUGUUGAGCGUCAGUCAAACGUUCAUCAGACUGAAGGACUUGAUUCUCGAGAAGAAAGCUUUGGAAAAGGAAACCGGGCACCUGAAGCAGUUGAACACUCACUUGGAGAGCAGACUGCAGGAUCAGGAGAAACGUCUUCAGUUGGUGUCGUCCGAGCUGAACAAGACUUGGCACGUGGUGGGCAAGCUGCAAAAACAGCACCAGCUACUUCACACGCAAGAGAAAAUCCUGCGCUACGAGCUGGCCCAAAAGCGGAAGCUGCUGUCGACUUUGCGCGAAGAGUUGGAGUACAGCCGCGACAAGUGGAACCAAGCGCGCGAAAAGAACUGCGACGCGGAGAAGCAGUGGAAACAAUUGAGGGUGGAGUUUGCGUCUAGAAGAAACGCCAACGCGGGCGACAACAGUACCGAAAGCGGCUUCAGCGACGAGAGGUCGAGCGACGACGAACCCGGCUACGAGACCGACGUUUCGGAAUCUGCCGCUACCAAACCGUGCGAAGAUUUAGAAGAAGCGCCGGACGAUCAGCUUCAGAAGCAAGCGGAAGUGGCCGUAACUGAUAUCAUCGCCGAAGCUUUGCGCAACAUUUUGAGUUCGCCUUUGGCAAGUUCCGCAGAAAGCGGCGACCAAUCCGAGAAGUCGAAGACUGGUGACGAAAUUAGAAUGGUGGGGGAUGAGUCGGCGACUACCUCUGCAGGUGACCAGACGAGUGUGGACGUCGCAGGUCCGAGCGGUUCUCCUACGCAGAAACGGACAUUAGAAGAGAUAUUGGCGGCGCGAGACGAACGAUUCAAACGGCUGGAAGGCCAGUGUGAGCAGUUGCUGUCAAAAGUGACGAGCACGUCGAACAAGAGCGUGACGAUAUCCAAUAAGCUCGACGAUUUGCACGAAAUUUAUGGGGAGGCCGGUUGCCCUCAUCAGGAGGGUACCGGUGGGACGAGGCAAGAAACCCACAAGGCGGAGAAAUAAUUUACUGAUCGCAUUUUUUUUUUAAUUUUGGACUGCUUAUUGUAUGUAAUUUGUAUGUCGUUUAAUUAGAUUCGGUGUAUUGCGAUCCGUAUGACACGUACCUGCUUAAUGUGAUUAAGGUAGUGUUCUCGGUAGUGUUAGUUAACUUAUUUUAAUUUAUAUGUUUUAUAAAUCGAGCCACCUCGUUAAAUAAAUCGACU